CGCACGUGUUUACGGAAAAUUUGAAAUCCGUCUUCAUAGAAGAGUAACUUAUAAACACAAACCCAUCGCAAUGAAAACAUGUUAAAACUAACGUAAUUAUAAUCGUUCUAUAACCUACGGUAAAACCGCGAAAAUGUCUCGAAUCGUCGACACAAGAGAAGUGAUAUUAACGAGUGACAGCAACAACGAACAUUGGAGUGCCGCUGUAUGGGACCCUCGAACGGGUUCAAUAUUAUCGACCUACAAAAACGCCGGUGCUCUCAGUCAUCGUACCCUUCAAGUUUUGAGUGACAGUUAUAUAGUGGGUGCUGAUUUAACGAAAUCACGUAUACAUGUCUGGCCAUUGAACAAUCAUACGCCUGUACCUAACCUCCGAUUGACAACACCGGGCAAGGUAACUGCCCUGAUUUGUUCGCCCAGUGGCGCCUACAUUGUCGCGGCUAUUUCUGAAAAAUUGUUUGUCUGGCAAGUGUGCAAUGGACGUUUAUUGGGGAAUUUAUCGCAGCAUUAUCAAACGGUAAGCUGUUUGACGUUUAGCAAAGAUGGUUCGCUAUUCGCCAGUGGCGCAGAGGACGGUUUGGUAUUCGUGUGGUCUUUGUAUCGCGUAUUAAACGAGGAGCGUCCUACGUCACUGCACGCCUUCUCCCAUCACUCUCUACCGGUGAAGGAUCUACAAUUUGGACACUGUGCACGAGGAAGACUGUGCUCUGUAUCUCUCGAUCGAACAUGCAACAUUUACGAGCCGGCCAGCGGACAGCUAUUGCUCACCCUUGUAUUCGAUGUGCCGCUCACUUCCGUCUGCAUGAACACACGCGAAAGUGAUUUAUUCGUGGGCUGCACCAACGGGGACAUAUAUCGAUUCAAUUUGCACGAGCCUCCACGUAGAAUCGAGCAUCAUGUCCAGGUACGGAAGGACGGAAAUGCAGAGGGCGUGAUAGUUUUCCACGGGCACAAAUCGACCGUGGUAUCGCUGUCAAUAUCGAUCGGUGGUCGAUACUUGCUCUCGGGUUCAAACAGCGGCGAGGUUCACGUCUGGGAUGUCGCCAGUCAUCAGAUUCUACGUACGAUCAAUCACAAUGGUCCAAUCACCGCGGCUUUCUUCGCAAAAUACUACGAGAAUUUCCGGGUAAACAAUCUUAAACCGAGUUUGCAAUUGUGUAGUCUGCAAAGGAUAGCGGACGAUACGGGCACAGAGAGUUCUGUCGAAGUAAUCUCGAAAGACCGUAACACGGCGGACAUCUUGAAUUUCGCGUCAUUCGUGGAGAACAAUAUCGCUUCGAAUGGAUCAGAAGAUCCAACCUCGCUUAAGCUGCUCGAGAUGAGAGAGGAGAUCGAUAAACUGAAGAAAAUCAACACCUCCAUUUAUCAGUACAGCGUGAAACAUAUCCUGGAGAAGAUGAGCAACGAUUUAACCUUAACGUGAACUGUAUGAAUGUCGAAAAUCCAGGAUUUUAAUAAGUAGAAUACUUGAAACAAUUUUUUUAUACGAGA